CCCCGGCGCGCUGCCCGCCCGGCCCCGCCGCUCGCCGGGGCAGGAAGCGGAGGCCGCGCGGGGGGCUCGGAGCGCCGUUCCCUCCCUCAGGUGUGCGCGGGAGGCGGCGCGGACCCGUCUUCCCCUGAGAAGGUGGGCGAGAAGCCCUCUUCGCCCCACUUCCUGCCGGCGGGUGGGGGAGAGCUUCCCCCCUCGGUGCCAGCACGCCUCCGGGGCUGCUCUGGCGGUGUGAGGGGAGCGGGGCCUCCGUGGCGCCUGGCAGGUUGUAGCUGUGGAGGUCUGGCCCUGGAGAUCCUAGCGAGCUCCUUCACUGUCCUCUUUCGACUCCCUCAGCCUCCGUGAGAGUUUCGCAGCCCGCAGAGCUGUUCCUGAAGCCUUAGGAACGCAGCCGUGGUGAGAGCGGGUCAUCCUAAACCCGGUUGAGCUGAUGUGCUCUGGAAUGAGAUUCAUUUGAAGAGCCAGAAAAGGGGAAUCCUCCUCCAGGCUGCGUUUUUAAGUGGGAGGGAAAAGAACUUAUCUGUGGCCAUGAUAGAUCCUUUAGAGAACAACUUGUUUGAUCUUCCUGAUUACGAGAAUACAGAAGAUGAAACGUUCCCACCUCUUCCACCUCCUGCCUCUCCAGGAAGAGAUGAUGUUGAAUGGGCUCAAGCUAAUGGAGAUGGAAACCAGCAGUCACAAACAAAGGAUUCUGCUGUAGCUACGCGGAAAGCAGUUAAAAGACCAAUGCCUAAACUAGAUGCCCAGAGGUUAGUUUCAGAAAGAGGACUUCCGGCCCUAAGACACAUGUUUGAUAACGUAAAGUUCAAGGGUAAAGGGCAUGAGGCAGAGGACCUGAAGACACUCAUACGACAUAUGGAACACUGGGCUCAUAGACUAUUUCCAAAAUUGCAGUUUGAGGAUUUUAUUGACAGAGUAGAGUGUUUGGGAAACAAAAAGGAAGUUCAGACCUGCCUAAAGCGGAUUAGACUCGAUCUUCCUAUUUUACAUGAAGACUUCGCAAGUAAUGAAGAUGGUGGAGGGGAAAGCAAUGGACUGGAUACAGCCACUGAAGAUAUAUGCUCUGGCUCUGGAAAUGCAGAACUCAAUUCUCUGUCUGGUACAACUCUCACGGAAGAGCAACAGCAGCGAAUCAAGAAGAACAGGCAGCUGGCCUUGGAACGUAGGCAAGCAAAGAUGCAGUGUAACAGCCAGUUGCAACACAAUGAGCUCUCCACUAAUUACUCGGAAGAGGAGUUUAAUACCCCAGUUGCUCAGGAUCCCGCUGACCUUAUUGAAGACACUCAAAUUACCACAACCGAGGUUGCUGUUACAGAAGUUGAAGAUGGAGAUACAGAAUUGGAAUGUGCCAGUGAGGAGCAGUAACCCUUCCCUAUACUUUGAACAACCUCCUUGACCGAAAGACCCCAAGGUUUUCAGUACUAUCAUUCCAUUGAAAUGUUGCUGGCUCUUUGCACUCUGACUCUAGAAGCUUCGCAGAAGUCUUCCCCAUGACAUGGGUAUAGUGGGACAGAACUCUUCUCUUGAAACUGCAGAUGAGCAACUCCGUACACCAGAAAACUGAACAAAGUUCUUCAUCUGCAUUUGAGACCUCUUUUCCACCUCCUCCAACAUUCUUUAGGAAAUGUUAAUGAUUUUUUUGACCUACUUUCAAUUUCGUUUACAAUUGAUGUCAAACUGAAUUAACUGGGAUAUUGACAGGUGAAAUUUCUAUUAAUGUUGUGUUGGGUUUUUUUAAUAGAAGAUAUAUACAAUAGCAGGUGGUGCUAUGUCUGAA